AUGCCGAGUGCCACAAGCGUCUAUCUGGCGACAAGCAUCUUUCUGGAUGCAGAUAUAAUUUAUCGUCUCUGGAAGUUCCAGAAGUCCGACGGCCUUUCGUUCAAGAAAUUCUCCAAGCGAGUCCGGAAAGCUGAAGGAGAGGACCUAGAUCAUUUCCUUUUGCCUUUCAUCCGCUCGUUGCCCGCUAUCGACGAUGGUGAGAGCAGAAAAGCAGAGAGAACCAAGUCCAAGGCAGCUCUUCUGCUGCUUACCAAACCCGAUCUUCGUCUGAUAUGGACGAACUUGGUCAAAAAUGACCAAGAGUUCAGGGACUUCCGGCGCUUCAUUCAACGAGGCCCACCAGAUAGUGUUUUACAAACUAUUAAAGAAGCGGCUGAAUCAGACGAGCUGUGUCAAUUGUCUCCUAGAUUACAAGCAUUAAUUCGCAACCGGGCGGUAGACCUCAAAACGAUUAGCGAGAAAGACCAUGAUUCUGUCCUCAAAGAUAGACUCAAGUGUGACACGAAUAACGUUCAGGCAACUUUAGCCGUUGACCUAGGCCCUAUUCAGAAUCUUCUAGCCCAUGUCGAUAAGUCUAAACAAGCAGAGAUGGUUGCUAUAUACCAGGAGGGGAUAGAGAACGGUAAAUCUCAGCGAAAGGCUAUCAAAGCGGCCCUUCGUGCUGUGGACAAAGUGAAGCAAAAGAUGGAGAUGCCUCAGCCAUUCCGACCAACAUGUCCAUCACCAACAGAUGUCAAUAUGCAUCCGAAAAAGGCUUCUAAAGACAAGAAAUACGAUGCAGAUGCAGGAGUAUCCGUGAAUGAUAAGAUGAAGAAUCGAGAACUUUCAAUGCAAAAGCAGCAUCCACAAGCAGAAAAUCCAGGAAAUGCUUUAACGGCGCUGGACAGCCGUAAAUCAAUGUUGUUAUUCGAUGGGAAAAGUUGCAAAUACGCCUUUCCCGAAUCGUCGCAAAAUCUCACGUCCAUUUCGCCUAAGAAGGUAGCAAAAGAGGAAUGGCGAGCAAGAAGUGAGCCCGCUCCGCUCGAAUACCUGAGCAAGAAAUGUAAGAGAGACAAGUAUAUGCCUGGCCCAAUGUUCGAGAAAAAAUACGAUGGACACGAAAAUGAUCUGCUCAUGGAGAGCGUGCCCUGGAACCAAACAGCCGCGCCAGCCAGCCGCAGUGAAUUCAAUUCAGAGACUGAAAAUAAUACACCAAUGCAGUUGUAUAAGCAGGAAUCUAAAGCGGACGUUCUGAAUAAGAAGACUGGACGAGCCGUUUAUCGUUUCGACUCAGAGAACGACUUAUUAAGGGAAAGUCUGAAAUCAACCGACCGCCCAAAAGAACAACUUUUCUAUACCAAGAAUCAAUUUCACGAUUCGAGUUUGUUAGGGCGCACCAAACCUUCCAGAUCAUGCACUGCGAAUGGUCAAGCUCUAGAUGAAACACCCCACAAAAAAAGGAGGCGAGAAACGAAAGCGCGGCAGAUCCCACAAUACUGUAAAAUAGCAGCACAAACAGAUAUUCUCUUCGGCCCAUCAAAUUCUGAGACUCAAAGGGAUGCUAGUAUGACGACACAGCGACUCAUCGACCAAUUGUUAUCAGAAUGCUUUGUCAAAACUGCUUCAAAACAAGAAUCUCAAAGCGGUGCGUCGAAGAAGGAUGUUAGUCGCUCCAAGGCGAAAGACGUAUCUAAGCUGGCUACAGAUGAACGAAGCAACCUAACUUCCCCUUCCAAAAUACUUUCCCCAGAGCCUAGAGGUACAGUUUUCAGCCAGCCAACAAGCCGCGGACGGAAGCGCCGACGUCUCACGCCCAUUGAGGCACUAGAAUCACAUUCGAAAACCCUAGGUAUGCUAGAAGUUGACAAGAUCGAUGAGGAUGUGGAGAGAAGUCAUCUCGGGGUAAAUAAGAGGCGACGGAAAAGCUCAAGUCGGAAAGCAAGCGAUGAAAACACAAUGAGCCAAGGUUUUGAGGGCCUGACGGACGCUCAGCUUGCUGAAAAUGCUGGCAAUGGACUCCUGGAAAUUACGCCUAAUACUUCCAGCAAAUAUUUUUUAGGACGCCCAAUGAAUUGCCUCGUGAUGUGA